AUGUCACAAAAAAUCAAGGUUAAUGUUAUUGGUGCUGGCGUAAUAGGUCUUACCACCGCUUUAGUUCUGCAAAGAAAUGGAUAUCAAGUGAGAAUUUUAUCUGAACAUUGGCCCGGCGAUUUAGAUAUUAAUUAUUCAAGUCCUUGGGCAGCUGCGGCCUGGAGAGCUAACCUCCAUAUUGAUGAUGAAAGAGUACAUGAAACUGGAUUAAUGCGCGUGCAAAUUUAUGAUUUUAUGGAUAAAAAACCUGAGUUGAAAGGUGAUAUUUGGUUUAGAGAUUUCGUUCCGGAGUUCAGAGUAAUACCACCAAAAGAAUUGCCAUCUGGUGUCGAAUACGGAGUGUCUUAUACAACAGUUAGUUUAAAUGUUCAAAAAUAUCUACAAUGGCUACUUGACCAAUUCACCACUAAUGGUGGCAUAAGAAAAAAAGUCUAUCUUUCUCAUAUUAAUGAAUCAUUUUUUGAUGAUGAUGAUAUUAAUGUGGUGAUAAAUUGCACAGGAGUUAAUGCUAGAACUUUUGGUGGUGUUAUGGAUACCACGGUUUUUCCUUCACGUGGCCAAACUGUUUCUGUUUGGGCACCACACAUUAAAACAGUGCAUAUUCUAACUAAUAGUGUGAUAGAAGGAGAAGCAGUAGAUAUUUUGUAUAAUUGUUCUAAAUUAUAUUCAGAUAAUUUAGAGACUGUAGAUUUAUUAGUAUAG